AUGUCAGCACGUCGGGCAUCCGGGGCGGCCCGCCCUGCGCGGAGGCGGCGCAGGACGCAGCAAGCAGGAGCGCCGAGGCGGCCAAGGCCAAGGCCGCGGCGGUGGCCGCCGCGUACGGUGGCAGCGCUCGCCCGAGGCCCUCCUCCGCCCCUGCAUCCAGGGCGUCCGCUCCCUCCAGGCCGAAGCCGGCGCCGAGCACUGCGGCAAGUCCGGCGCCGGCGCCGCCCACGCCGGCCACGGCAAGCACACAGGCCGGCCCAGCAGCGGGCCAGCCGAACCCCUCGGGACCGCCGACUUCGUUCAUGCCCGCCGGCUCUGCCUUCGCCGUGCUGCGCGGCGGCCGGCCGCCCCGAGGGCCCGGCGGACCCACGGUGUCCACGGCCGCCGAGCGGCUCGCCCGCGAGGCCGAGGCGGCGGCACGGGAGGCGGCGGUGGGCACCCGAGAGGCCGUGCUCCCCGGCGGUGCCUCGACGGAGGAGCCCGCGCACCGGCCCUGCGCCUCGGCCUGCGAGAGCCCGCGCACGCCCGCGUGGGCGAGCCCCGCCUCCGCCGCGGCCGCGCAGGAAUCGCCCCAGCCCGAGCCCGACGCGGAGCCCGACGGGGAGCCAGAGUCCGCAGAGGAUGGCCAGGAGGCCGCGCGCGGAACGUGCGGGUCAUCCGCAGCGUCGCAGCAGGCGUCCAGCACCCCCGCGACGGGCAAGCAGCCCGACCGGGGCCAGGCGACCGCCAGCACCCCCGGCUCGGCCAGCGCCUCGAAGAGCUCCACGGCCUCCGAUGCCGAGCGGCGCCGGAAGACGCUGCCGCACAUGCAGCGGCGGCUGUGGAACAUGGCGCAGACGGACCCGCACCUCCGGGCCAGAAUGGCCAGCAUGGGAAUGUCUGGCGACCGCCCUGCUCAAAAAAACGAUGAUGGUCCUCAGAUGCCGUGGUGGGAGAGGCUGCACAACGGGGGCAGCCGCGGCAGCAGCCUGGGCAGGCGAUUCGGCCAGACGCCAGGACAUCCGGAGGCGCCGUCGCGUCCCAUGUCGGCGACGACCCCGGCCACCGCUCCGCGGCAAGACGCCAAGCAGCCCCCGCAGAACGACCUGGACCAGCCUCAGCCGGAGCAUCAAGAGCAGCGGCAGCAGCAGCAGCCCCCGCCGCGGCCCCAGCAGCGCGGCCACUCCGCAUCGCGCACGUCGCGGCCGCCCUCCGCCGCCGCCCGCGCCUCGGCGCGUGGCUCGCGCCCGCCCUCGGCGCGCAGGGGCCAGGACCUCCAGGAGGACUCGUUCAUCUUCGACGACGAGGGCGACGGCGAGGACCUCGACGCCGGCUUCUUCGGCGUCGACAGCGACGACGAGGGCGCCUUGGGCGGCGCUGCGACGCGGCGCCCAAGCCGGCGGCCGAGGCGGCCCUGUCUUUCUCGCCCGUCUUCUGCGCCUGGCGGAGGCAAGAGGAACAUCCCGGUGGCGAAGGCGUUCACCACGCGGGCUGCCGGACCCCUGUCGGUCCGCUGACCGGCAGAGCUUCUUCGGGGCGGCCGGGCGGACGGCACCGCCGUGGGCCUCUUUGGGUGCGCAGGCGCCCCGCG